UCAUUCUCCCCUCCCUUUUUAAUCCGUAUCAUCAAGAAAAUAAAGAAAAUACUAAUAAUUUUUUUUAAUUCAACCCCAUUUCUAUCGCGUCCUUCGAUUUGCCCUCGGAUCCAAAAGCGCGCGAUUUCGAGCUUCGUGAAAAGUCCUGCACCAGGUUAGGGGGUUAAUUACAUGCUACAAUAUGCCGUUUGGAAGAAAUCAACGGUUAGACCCACGGAGGUCCUCACCUUAUUGCUCAACUACGACCAUUGUUGUGCUUGUUGCGCUUUGCUUGGUUGGGGUAUGGAUGAUGACUUCGUCGACAGUAGCUCCUGUUGACAUGUCUUCAUCCGAUGACAAUUCUGAGGUGAAACAACAAGUAUCUGAGACUGAUGGUAAACCUUUUGAGGAUAACAAUGGUGAAGUACCUAUAGAAGCAAGUGAAGGGGAUACUAAUACAAACUCAAACAGCGGAGCCAGUGAAUCCCAGUCCGAAUCUUCUCAGAAUAAGGUCGAGCAGGGAGAAACAACAGGAAAUGUGGGGGGGACAACCCAGGACGAAAAUUCUUCCAACGGGAAUAAAGACACAAAAGACGAGUCAAUUGAUACAUCAAAAAGUGGAACCUAUAGUGAUGCAAAUGGGAAGUUAGAUGAGGUUGCGCUCGUUAAGGAAGGUGGAGAUUCAAAAUCAGAAAGUAGAGAUAAGAAUACAAGGGGUGAAGAAGUUCGUCCGGAGAAAAGCAUGGAGAAAAACUCAGUUGAAACUGAAAGCAGUAGCAGUAACAAUUCUGAUCAAACAGAAAAUAGUGAACAGGAAAAUAGCACAGUAAGCACUGAACAGGAAAAAACUGCAGAACAAAAUUAUCAUAGAACAGGAAAUAACGUGAAGGAAAAGAACACUGAACAAACAGAUCAAACACAAAGUAAUGACCAAAAUAAGAGCACUGAAGAGAAAUCAGAUAAAACUGCAAGCAAUGAGCAGCAACUAUCAGACACUCAAAAUUCAAACCAAGAGAGUAAAUCCGAUGUUGUUAUCGUGAAAGAUAAAAAGGGUGAAGAGCAGAUAGAUGAGAAGAUGGUGCAAAACCAAAACAGGGAUACUGCCCAAAAACCUGAUGAGGGAAAAACUGAGGACGAGACAAAGGAGCAGGGAGCAAAGGAAUUGCUUCCUUCUGGAGCUCAAGCCGAGCUUCUUAAUGAGACCAUUACUCAAAACGUGGCCUGGUCUACUCAAGCUUCUGAGUCAAAGAAUGAGAAGGAAAAGCAAGCAACUUCUUCAUCAAAGAAGGAAGGCAUUAGUUACAGCUGGAAACUCUGUAAUGUCACUGCUGGACCUGACUAUAUACCCUGUCUUGACAAUGAAGCAGCUAUCAAGAAGCUUCCAAGCACUAAGCACUAUGAGCACAGAGAGAGGCAUUGCCCUGAGGAAGCUCCAACUUGUCUUGUUCCUCUUCCAGAUGGAUACAAAAAGUCAAUUGAGUGGCCCAAUAGCAGGGAUAAGAUAUGGUACCACAAUGUCCCUCAUACAAAGUUGGCUGUUGUAAAGGGGCACCAAAAUUGGGUUAAAGUCUCUGGAGAAUACCUCACUUUUCCAGGUGGUGGAACUCAGUUCAAACAUGGUGCAUUGCACUAUAUCGAUGUCAUCCAAGAGGCUUUGCCUGAUAUAGCAUGGGGGAAAAGAAGUCGUGUUGUACUGGAUGUUGGCUGUGGUGUGGCUAGCUUUGGAGGUUACAUCUUUGAGAGAGAUGUGCUCACCAUGUCAUUUGCCCCAAAAGAUGAGCAUGAAGCCCAAGUGCAGUUUGCUCUUGAACGAGGAAUCCCAGCUAUAUCUGCUGUCAUGGGCACCAAAAGGCUCCCUUUCCCUGGCAGGGUGUUUGAUGUUGUUCAUUGUGCCCGCUGUAGAGUUCCAUGGCACAUUGAAGGUGGUACGCUUUUGUUGGAGUUGAACCGGCUGCUGAGACCUGGUGGAUACUUCGUAUGGUCUGCUACUCCUGUUUACCAAAAGCUUGCAGAAGAUGUUGAAAUCUGGAAAGCCAUGACAGCUCUAAUGAAGUCCAUGUGCUGGGACAUGGUAGCGAAGACAAAGGAUAAUGUAGACCGUGUAGGUCUAGCAAUCUUUAGAAAGCCUUCAAACAAUUCUUGCUAUGAACAUAGGAAACAGAGCAGCCCCCCAUUCUGUCAAGAAUCAGAUGAUCCUAAUGCAGCCUGGAACGUUCCUUUGCAGACUUGUAUGCACAAAAUACCUGUAGAUGCUUCUGUUCGUGGGUCUAAGUGGCCAGAAAAGUGGCCGCUGAGGUUGGAGACAGCACCGUAUUGGCUGAAUAGCUCUCAGAUCGGUGUCUAUGGUAAAGCUGCUCCUGAGGACUUCAAAGCAGACCAAGAGCACUGGAAUACUGUUGUUAGCAAGUCAUACUUGAAUGGCAUGGGAAUUGACUGGUCUAAAGUGAGAAAUGUUAUGGAUAUGAGAGCUGUUUAUGGAGGGUAAGCUUACUGCAUGUUGUUACAUUUGCAAU